AUGAAAGCCUCGUUGAAUCGCUUUCGUGUCCAGCGUACAGCCCAGCAGGACUCGGGCGCGGCGGCCCGCAUUGCGCCGCUGCCUGCGUGCCGACGCUGUCGCCAGCUGAAGAAACGAUGCACGCGCACGGCGCAGGGCUGCUGUGCGCUAUGUGCGCUCACUGGGCGGCCAUGCUCCCUUAUGGAGGAGGCAAAGUCGCCCGUGAGCCGGGAGAGGGAGCUGCAGGCGCGAAUUGAAUGGCUGAGCGGCCUGGUCGAUCGGGGGCUGCCAGCCGGGCAGUCUGUUCGGGAGCUGGAGACGGGCGCAACACUCACGGGGGCAGUGAAUGCGGUCCCCACGACUCCAGAGGAUAGAGAGAGCGUGUCCAUUGCGGGCAGCCGCCGAUAUCUGCAGGCGUACUUUCGCCACGUCCACCGUGCAUAUCCCUUUCUAGACAGCGAGGAGGUCAUGACCGAGUUUGACGCUCUCUGCCAACAACAUGCGACCAGCGACGAUGGCUGCUUGCCUCGCGCCUGCAUCCCCUCGCGACUGUACGGCGUCAUGGCCAUCGGUGCCACGACGCUGCAGCGCGCCGGCGAGGCUCUGGAUCCCGCCGACGGAGGGCCCUUUGAGCCCUGCGCGCAGUCGGUCAUCGAGGAAUGCGUCGCGAGCAUCGACAACACAGGCUCUCUGGGCACGCUGCUGCUGCUGGGCCUGCAUCUGCUCUUCCGCCCAACGGAGAUCAGCCCGUGGGCCGUCGCCGGCAUCCUGACGCGCCAGGCCAUCGCCUCGGGUCUCGUUGGCGACAGCGGCCAUUUCGACGCCGCCGCCAGGGUCUCGCCGCGCGACCAGGAGCUGCGCCGGAGGCUGGGCUGGUCCAUCUACGUCUUUGACCGCAUGAUUGCCGUCUCAUACGGCGUCUUGGUGGGCAUCGCCGAGACCAAGAUGCGUCUGCCCUUGCCGAGCAUCAUGUUGCACAAGUACGCCGCUGCCGACGGCCAGCAAUAUACCAUGGCUCUACAGGUGAGCCGCCAUGUCAUUGCUCUGCGUCACCUGGAAACCCGCAUUGCGAAAGCAGUUCAUGGCCAUCUCGCCGCCACGGGCAGCAGCAGCGGCAGCAGCAGCAGAGCCAACCCCCCCCAGCCGCUGUGGAUGCUGCGACAAGAUCUCCGGCGCCAGGUCGAGGACUGGUACACCCAAGGCUGUCUCCUGUCCAGCUCGGCGAUCUGGGAGCAGGAUCAAGUGCCCUUCCAUAACACCAUCACCUGGCUGAAUGUGCGGUAUCAGAACCUGCUGCUGCUGCUUUACAGCCCGCCCUCCGUAGCUCCCAGCGCCCCCCUGGGCCCUGUCGCCGACGAGGACGUCCGGUCGCUGGCGGAGCUGCAGGCCGCCUCCAACCGCUACGUGCAUCUCAGCUGGGUCCUUUAUGAGCAGCGCCACUUGCCUUUCAACAGGAUCACGCUCAACCGCCUCCUCUCGCUCGGCGCAGUGCUCUUGUACUGCGUGACUCGCUCGACAUCUUUUCUCCUUGCCUCGGAGGAGAUCUCCCUCUGUGCCUCCCUCCUGAAGCUCUUUCCGGCUCCCUGGGAGGCUGCCCAUCGCGGAGCAGACAUUCUUGACCGCUUGGUAGAUCUCAUUGCGCCGCCAGACAGUGCCGUAACUCCUGCUACUGCUGCCGCUACCACAACAAGGAAUAGCUGCUCGUCCUACUGA